UCCCAUGUUGAUAAAAUAAAGAAACUUCUAAGCUGCUUUACCACCUCUCUCUCUCUCACUACAAAAUAUUACUCGCCGGAAACAUUGCGGACGAUGUCGUCUCCGUCUCCGGGGGUUUCUCCGGUCCCCUUCAACUCCACCCCUCCUCCGCCAGUAUCUAACCUCACACCUCCGCCUCCGCCUGCGCCUGACACGACCAACCAAACUGCUUCUCAGGCACCUCCACCGACGAACUCGAAUGGUACUCUAACGCCGCCGUCAUAUCCAAGUGGAUCUCGGGGACCGGCAGGGCCGUCCCCGCCGGUACUGUCGGCGUUGAUAGUAGGAGUAGUGUUAGGUGUGCUGGCUGGUGUGGGUUUUUCUGUUUGUGUGUACCGGAGGAAGAAAAGGAAGGAAGCGCAGAGAUUGUUGCUCACUGGCCAACCUUCGCAAGUAGCUAGCAAAGAUGAUGAUUGGCAGCACAAAACUGCUCCCCCUCCGGACAAUAAAAUGAUGAUGUGGCCGAAGCUCACUCAUCCGCAAGGAACUCCUCCGAGUAACCAACUGCCACCAAUGCCUGGUAUUUUUGCUGAACAUCCUUCGACAAGCAGCAGCAUGGGCUCUGAUAAGCAAUUUCCACCACCAACUCCUGGAAUUGCUCUUGGAUAUUCACAGAGCACUUUUACUUAUGAAGAACUAGCCAUGGCCACUGAUAAUUUCUCCGAAGCCAACCUCCUUGGUCAGGGUGGUUUUGGCUAUGUUCACAAGGGAAUCCUUGCUAAUGGUACGGUGGUUGCAAUUAAGCAGCUUAAAUCUGGGAGUGGACAGGGGGAGCGUGAAUUUCGGGCCGAGAUUGAGAUUAUUAGCCGUGUCCAUCAUCGACAUCUUGUUUCAUUAUUUGGUUACUGCAUCGCUGGAGCCCAAAGAAUGCUUGUUUAUGAGUUUGUACCCAACUACACCUUGGAAUUUCAUUUACAUGAGAAUGGGAGACCAACCAUGAACUGGUCAACAACAAUGAAGAUUGCAGUUGGCGCUGCAAAAGGAUUGGCAUAUCUGCAUGAAGACUGUCAGUAUUUUUGCCUGCUACAUUUAGCUUGUCCAUUUUUCACGUUUAAGCUGUUUAUCUCUGAGUUCCCAUCACUUUUUGUGGUAAAAUAUGUUUCAGGCCAGCCUAAAAUCAUACAUCGAGAUAUCAAGGCUUCUAAUAUUCUUAUUGAUCAUAGCUUUGAAGCAAAGGUUGCUGAUUUUGGACUUGCCAAACAUUCUUUAGAUACAGAAACUCAUGUCUCAACUCGAGUGAUGGGAACUUUUGGUUAUAUGGCACCAGAGUAUGCCUCCUCUGGGAAGCUUACAGCGAAGUCAGAUGUCUAUUCCUUUGGUGUUGUGCUUCUAGAGUUGAUUAGCGGGCGUCGGCCUGUUGAUAGAACUCAAUCCUUUAUUGAUGAUAGCAUAGUUGAUUGGGCAAGGCCUUUGCUCAAGCAAGCUCUAGAAGAUGGCAACUUUGAUGCUGUUGUUGACCCAAAACUGCAGGACUAUGAUUCUAAUGAAAUGAUCCGAAUGAUUUGUUGUGCUGCAGCUUGUGUUCGUCAUUUGGGACGGUUUCGGCCGCGAAUGAGCCAGAUAGUUCGAGCUCUGGAAGGAAAUAUGCCUCUUGGUGAACUAAAUGAGGGGAUCACUCCUGGGCCUAGCAUGGUAUACAGUUCUGCAAGCUCAGAUUAUACCAAUCACCAAUACGAGGAGGACCUGAAGAAAUUCAGAAAGUUAGCACUAGAAAGUCCUGAGCAUGAUAGCAGGGUGAACCCACUAGCAAGUACAAGCAGCCAAGAAUGCACUGAACCCACAAGCGAGUCUGGUCGGAAUCCAUUCCGCUCAAGCACAGAAGGCCAACAAACUAAACCAGAGAUGGAUUCACAAAGAAAGGAGGAACACAUCAAAGAUACCUAGGAAAGGUCUCAAACAGCUGACUACAUCACAUUCCUUGGUUUGUCAAAAGUCAUGCCUACUCUGGACAAACCACAAUUUUGUCGCCAAAAUGAGGUUGAUGGAUGAGGUAGAUAGAGGCUACAAAGGUUCAAAUUUCACGUGCACAGUUGAACUCAAAUUCCAUGGUUUAACUGCAUUGGCCUCGGGGGUUCAUUUUUCUAGACAAUAAUUAGGAUAGGUGAAACCACCACCGUUACUAUUCUUUAUAUUUGAUUACUCCCUUUAACUGCUUGUUUGUAUAUUCAUAGAGCAUGUGGAAUUUUAUUGGAUGCCAUCUAGCUAGCUCCUUUUUUGGCCAGGAGAUAGCAAAUUAAUUAAAUUAAAUUAAAUUAAUCUAUCA